GCAGAUCACUAGCUAGGUUGUUGAUUCCCAUCAUACAGCAGUGCUGUUGAGUCUCUAGGCUAGCUCAGUUUACGCUAGCUUGGCACGAGCUCUCGCAUGAAUUAGCGCGAUUAUAUUUACGCUACGGUCGAACCAUUAACAAAAAAUUAUGUCGAAGGAGUCUCCCCGUGAGCCGGAGCAGCUCCGCAAGCUCUUUAUUGGUGGGCUGAGCUUCGAGACCACCGACGAAAGUUUGCGGACCCAUUUUGAACGAUGGGGAUCCCUCACAGAUUGUGUGGUAAUGAAAGAUCCAGUCACAAAGAGAUCGAGGGGCUUUGGUUUUGUCACAUACAGCUCUGUGGAUGAAGUUGAUGCAUCAAUGGAGGCUCGUCCUCAUAAGGUUGAUGGCCGCCAAGUGGAGCCCAAGAGAGCGGUGUCCAGAGAGGAUUCCUCAAGGCCAGGUGCUCACACCACCGUGAAGAAGAUCUUUGUGGGUGGCAUCAAGGAGGACACAGAGGAGCACCACCUUAGGGACUACUUUGAUCAGUUUGGCAAGAUCGAAGUCAUCGACAUCAUGACUGAUAGGACCAGUGGGAAGAAGAGGGGUUUUGCCUUUGUUACAUUUGAUGAUCAUGAUGCAGUUGAUAGGAUUGUCAUCCAGAAGUAUCAUACAGUGAAUGGUCACAACUGUGAAGUGAGGAAGGCUUUGUCAAAGGAAGACAUGAACCGGUCAGGGCCAAGAGGUGGAAACUUUGGUAGAGGUGGCGGAUAUGGAGGUGGUUUUGGUGGAGGGAGAGGAGGUGGAGGAUAUGGUGAUAACGAUGGGUACAAUAACUAUGGAGGCAAUGGUGGCAGCUAUGGUGGAGGUCCCGGCGGGUAUGGUGGCGGCAACCGGGGCUAUGGCGGAGGAGGAGGAGGCAGCGGCGGCUAUGGCAACCAGGGUGGCAGCUAUGGAGGAGGAGGAUACGACAAUUACAACAAUGGCGGAGGUGGUGGUGGAAGCUACAGAGGUGGUAACUACGGAGCUAGCGGUGGUGGCGGGAGCAGCAGUGGAAGUGGUGGUGGUGGUGGAGACUACAAUGACUUUGGCAAUUACAACAGCCAGUCGUCCUCCAGCUACGGCCCAAUGAAAGGAGGUGGCGGCUAUAGCGGCGGCAGUGGAGGGGGCAGGAGCAGCGGCCCAUAUGGUGGUGGUGGUGGUGGUGGUGGUUACGGAGGAGGCUCCGGUGGUGGAUAUGGAGGGGGCUCCGGAGGCCGAAGGUUCUAGGGUCUGAGGCUACAGUACUUAGGAGAGGAGAGCCAGAGAGGUGACAGGGAAAGGAAGCAGCAGGUUUACCCCCUAGAUCUGCUCAGCCAAGCACAGUUGUGGCAGGUUUACAUCUGCCACAUGAAGAGAAAUGUACAGUAGAAAAGGAAAAAUCAUGUGGAGAGGGAGGGAGGGAGGGGAAUGGGUGGGUCUUUUUCAAACCGUUCUUGUCAAAUGCUUCCCAGCAGGAUUAUAUGAUUUUGUAGUUUUGCUGUUUUUGUCUUUGUGAAGUGUAAAGCAUUCCACUAAGGUUUUAUGUAGGUAUUUUGAUUUUCCCCGCGCCCAUAGGGUGUUUUUUAAGAUGUAACCGCCACCAAAUCAAGAUGAAAUAAACCGCUUUUCAGUUUUUUUUUUUACAUUGUGUAUUUUGAUUGAUGGGCUCCUGUUGAUUGUGUUACAUGAGAUGAGUAGUCCUCAACAGAUGAGUAGAUGGUAUGAAGUGUAAUGGGAAAAUCCUCAGAGUACUUGCGUUAUGUUCCAUAUUCAGAAUCAAAGCAUGUCAUUGUUUAGAAAAGUGAAUUUUUGUUUAGAUCGUUUACCUCAAUGCCUAUGGUGAAAAUACCCUGCUUGCAUACAGAGGUCAAAGGCCUUUGUGCUUCUGGGCCGCCGGGCCGGUUUCUCCCCUAAAGUUGAGCAUUGUUGCCACUGGACAAAAUAAAAAAUUUCUUAAUGGCUUUUC